AUGUCGACUAAAAGUAAAGUGGGUGAUAAUAAAGGCAAAAGCUCUGAAAUUGUAUGGAGGAAAGCAUUCAAAGCUAAUGCAGAAUGGCCAGACAAGGAGGAAUUUCUGGAUGUAAUUUAUUGGAUGAGACAAGCCAUGGGCAUAAUUUUGGGCCUUUUCUGGGGUUUGUUGCCUCUGAAAGGUUUCCUAGGUUUAUUAUUGUUCGUAGUUGUAAACGCCGCAGUAAUAUACUUUUAUGUUAGUAAUUUCCAAAAAAUUGAUGAAGAAGAGUAUGGUGGUAUGUGGGAGAUCACGAAAGAGGGAUUCAUGACCUCAUUUGCGGGUUUCCUGGUAACCUGGAUAAUAGUGUUUACUGGACUUCAUGGCAGUAACAGUUUAUGA